CUUCAGUACGAAUCCAAAUUACUCUGUAUCAAGAAAUUUGUUCAGGCUAAAUUGUUGAUUACUAGUGGUUGAAGAGCUCUUCCUCCAUGGCCGCUUCCGAUUUGAGCUGUUUACGAGCUCCAACUUUAUCUAUCAACGGAAGUCGAUUCCUAUUCUCACCGUCUCAUUCUAUUUCAAUGCGUCCUUCCAAUUUUAGGUUCAGUGGACCGUCUAUCAGAUGUCAAUCAACUGAUACUGAUAAACCGAAAACUAAAAGGAAUAUUCUUGACAAUGCAAGCAACAUCUUAACGAAUUUUUUAAGUGGAGGAAAUCUUGGAUCUAUGCCUGGUGCUGAAGGUGCAGUUUCUGAUCUAUUUGGCCGACCUCUUUUCUUCGCACUGUAUGAUUGGUUCUUGGAGCACGGCUCUGUAUACAAACUUGCUUUUGGACCAAAAGCAUUUGUGGUUGUGUCUGAUCCUAUUGUUGCAAGGCAUAUUCUUCGCGAAAAUGCAUUUUCUUAUGAUAAGGGAGUUCUGGCUGAUAUUUUGGAACCAAUAAUGGGGAAAGGACUCAUACCUGCUGAUCUUGAAACUUGGAAGCAAAGGAGACGAGUUAUCGCUCCUGGAUUUCAUGCAUUGUACUUGGAAGCUAUGGCUAAGGUGUUUACUGAUUGUUCUGAAAAAACGAUAACUAAAUUUGAGAAGCUUCUAGAGGAAAAGAGUCAUACAUCAAUUGAACUGGAUCUUGAAGCAGAAUUCUCUAGUCUGGCACUUGAUAUUAUUGGUCUGGGUGUUUUCAACUAUGAAUUUGGUUCAGUUACAAAGGAAUCCCCUGUUAUUAAGGCAGUUUAUGGAACUCUAUUUGAAGCUGAGCAUAGAUCAACCUUCUAUAUUCCAUACUGGAAACUUCCUCUGGCAAGAUGGAUAGUCCCAAGACAGAGGAAGUUCCGAAGUGAUCUUAAAGUUAUAAAUGACUGUCUCGAUACCCUCAUCAGAAAUGCAAAAGAAACCAGAGAGGAAGCCGAUGUGGAGAAAUUGCAGCAAAGAGACUACGCGAAUCUUAAGGAUGCAAGUCUUCUUCGUUUUCUAGUUGACAUGAGAGGUUCUGAUGUUGAUGACCGUCAGCUACGGGAUGACUUGAUGACAAUGCUCAUUGCUGGCCAUGAAACUACAGCAGCUGUCCUUACUUGGGCCGUUUUCCUCCUUGCACAGAACCCUUCAAAGAUGAAGAAAGCUCAAGCGGAAAUUGAUUCAGUGUUAAACCAAGAAAGACCAACAAUGGAAUCACUGAAGAAACUAGAGUACAUCAGACUAAUUGUUGUGGAGACAUUACGUUUGUUUCCCCAGCCACCGUUGUUGAUUCGUCGUUCUCUCAAGUCGGAUCGAUUACCAGGAGGACACAAAGGUGACAAAGAUGGAUAUCCGAUUCCAAAAGGAACAGAUAUCUUUAUCUCUGUUUACAACCUCCAUAGAUCUCCAUACUUCUGGGAUAAACCUAAUGAAUUCGAACCGGAGAGGUUUCUAGUACAAAAGAAGAGCGAAGGAAUUGAAGGGUGGGCCGGUUUUGACCCAUCUCGAAGCCUUGGAGCAUUAUAUCCAAAUGAGAUAAUAUCGGAUUUCGCAUUCUUGCCUUUCGGCGGAGGAGCGAGGAAAUGUGUUGGCGAUCAAUUUGCGCUGAUGGAAUCGACUAUAGCAUUGGCGAUGCUGUUACAGAAGUUUGAUGUUGAGCUAAAGGGUUCUCCUGAUUCAGUGGAGCUUGUAACUGGAGCAACAAUUCAUACCAAGACUGGAUUAUGGUGCAAGUUGAAGAAAAGAUCUGAAUUUCAUGCUCUAGCACAUAACUAGACAUUUCUCUAUCACAAUUUUAAGAGAUGUUACAAAUAAAUUAUAUAUGCUUUAUUUUAUGCCUAGAAAUUUUUAUAGA